AUGACUUCCGAUGUGCAAGGGGCUCCAAACCGCAGAUUGAUGGUGGACAGUAAAAAUGAUCUCAACCUAGCUGCCCAAGGGAAUUUCUCAAAAACCCCAUUCAGCCAAGCGAAGAGCAUCCUGGAGAGAUUAAUCGAAGCAAAGAGAUCGUAUGAAACCUCCCGCGGCCAGUGCAGACGAGGAGCGGUGCACGCAGCAGAGGCACGAAGCGACGAGAAGCUGGAGGCUCGAUUUGAGCAGAUGGAGAAGAAGUUGCUAGAAGCAGUAGAGAAGUCCAGAGCGCCUCUACUGCCCGCUCCCAAGGAGAAGACGUAUGUGCCACCACCACCAGAGGAGCACCAUUAUUAUUACUGCAAGUUUCCUCCUGAAGCGGAACCACAGACUCAAGUGAACGCUGUCGGCCAUUGGAACCUAAAUGGCAACUGGACCCAAGGAAAGCAGAGGGAUGUUCCAUGGAGAGAUCAUCCAAAUUUCAGGUGGAGUGAUCAAAGCCCAAGCCAACCGCCUCAACCAUCUACGCAACAGAUACAACCCUCCGAAGCGCAUCCCAAUUGGCCCGCACGAAAACAAGAAAGACCAAACAAUGGAGGAAAUAGAAUGCAGGGUGGUCAAGGGAACUGGUCAGGCGGACCUCAAGGGAAUUGGUCAAUCAGCCCCCAGGGUAACUGGUCUAGUGGAGGACAGCCAAAUUGGUCAGGCAGACAUCAAGGCCCCCAGCCAAGCAACUCCAGAAGGCAACCGAACAAUCAAGUGGUGAGCUAUGUUCCGCCACAUCAAAGGGGAAAUCAGCAGCACCCAGGGAACCAACAAUACCAUCAGCCCCAGUAUCAGCCAGAGCACUACGGUCCAUCAGACUUCCCAUAG